AUGGAUCAGUAUGAGGUGGUUCGGCAGGUCGGUCAGGGCGCGUUCGGGCGAGCGCUGCUGGUCAAACAGCGACAGCGACACGCGCAGCUCUACGUCAUCAAGGAGAUCAACCUGAGACAGUUGUCCUCUCGGGAUAAGGACGCCUCCAGAAAGGAAGUGACUCUGCUGUCCAAAAUGAAACAUCCAAACAUUGUGGCGUUUUAUAAAUCAUUUUACGACAGGAAUAACUUCUACAUCCUGAUGGAGUACUGUGACGCCGGCGAUCUGAUGAAGAGAAUCAGGAUGCAGAGAGGAAAACCCUUCACAGAGCAGCAGAUCGUGGACUGGUUUGUUCAGAUCUGUCUGGGACUGAAGCACAUUCACGACAGGAAGGUCCUGCACAGAGACAUCAAAGCUCAGAACAUCUUCCUCACUCAAGGAGGCCUGAAGGUCAAGCUAGGAGACUUCGGCAUCGCCAGAAUACUGAACAGCACCAUGGAGCUUGCCAGAACCUGCGUCGGCACGCCGUACUAUCUGUCUCCAGAGAUCUGCGAGAACAGACCAUACAACAACAAAACGGAUAUCUGGUCUCUGGGCUGUGUUCUCUAUGAGCUCUGCACACUCAGACAUCCAUUUGAGGGCAGUAAUCUGAAGCAGCUGGUGCUGAGGAUCUGUAGGGGGCGCUACAGUCCAGUGUCUCAGCGCUACAGCUCUGAACUACACCUGCUGCUCCACCUGCUGUUUAAGGUCAGUCCACGAGACCGGCCGUCUGCUAACUCACUGCUCAAACGACCGCUACUGCAGCAGCAGAUCAGCAAACACCUGGACACACAGCUGUUGGAGGAAGAGUUCAGUCACACGGUUCUUCACAGACACACACCAGCGGCUCCUAAAGCCACGAACAACACAGAUCAGGUUUCCAGAGAUCCAGUCGAGUGUAAUCCGGUCCUCAGACCUGCUGUCAAUCCGGCUCAGAGACCCGAUGAGAGACGAGCAGCAGCAAAAGCCCCGCACAUAAAGCCUGCUGUUGGUCUCGAGCGCUGGCGGAUCGGUCCGGUCGAGCCGCUGCAGGAGCCGGAUCACGACCAGCACAGCGCCGCUGCUGUGGAGCCGUACAGACUUGUGGCAGCGGCGAGAGACGAGUAUCUUCAGAGGAGACGUGAAGCCCAUCAGUACAAACUCAGAGCUCAGAAACAACUGGGUCUCAGACCGUCCACAGCAGAUGCUGAGGGCCGUCAGUCAAACCCACAGGAGCAUCAUGGGAACGUCAGAGCGGCUCAGCACAGGAGACUGCGGGGACAGGAGCAGUAUCAUCAUGAUGUCAGACGGAUGAGGACGAGGGCAGAGCUCGAGGAGCGUCUGACGGCAAAAACACACACACUGAAGAACGGAGAGCGACACACACACGGGAAACAGCAGCAGAGAGGAAUCAUGUUUGAGAUCAAGCUGAGCGAUGAAGAGACGAAGACUGAGGAAGACGAGGAGUCAGAGGACGAGCCCCUGAACAACACACUGACGUUUGCACAAGGAGAAAAGCUACGCAACCGACCGCAGGGGUCAGAGGUCAGACAGGAAGUGGAGGAAGUGGUGAAGAGAGCCGAGUGGCAUCGAGACGCAGCUGAGACGUUUCUGAACGCUCUGGAGAACAUGGAUGUGACAUAG